AAAUGCGUAACAGCAAAAUAUAAUCAUUAUUAGAAAAACAACAUAAAUGGAGCAAAAAUAAUCUAUAAAGAUCAAAUAGGUUAAUCCAAUGUUUGCCUCAAAUAAAUUACAGUCAUUUUAUUCAAACUUUUGAUUUCAUUUUAUUUGACCUGUUUUUGAAGUAUAGCUGAUUGUCAGGGCCUGGUGUGGGACCACAAUGACCACUGGGCUCUGUGAGGCUGUACUUGAGCUAAAUGCUCACAUCAGCAUGCUAACAUGUAGAAGGUUUCCCAUGUUUACUUUGAGCUGCGUCUUAUGAAUGAAAGGUGUAUAUAAAUUAAGUGUGUUAUUAAUAAUACCCCUGGUGGCCAGGGUGCAUAGGACUGAAAUAUGGAGUAUUGCAGUGGGUAGAGAAGAGAUUGGGACAUUGAUAAUAGAUGUGAUGGUUAUUAAGUGUAUACAGUGGUGGAAGAAGUACUCAGAUAUUUUACUUGAGUAAAAGUAGCAAUACCAAAGUGAAAUACUCUGUUAAAAGUACAAAAGUAUCAGCAUGAAAAUAUAGCCUACUCAAAGUAUAAACAAGUAAAAGUACUCAUUAUGCAAAAUGGUACAUUUCUGAAUUAUAAAUAUAUUCCAUUAUUGGAUUGUAAUUGCAAUGGAUUAAUGUGUAAGCAUCACUUUAAUGUUGCAGCUGGUAAAGGUGAGGCUAAUUUGAAUGACUUUAUACUUCUGGGUAGCUGAAUGUAUAAUGUAUUUGAUUGUAUUUACUAUCUGUAUAAAUGCAGAUAAAUGUAGAGGAGUAAAAAGUACAAUAGUUCCCUCUGAAAUGCAAUGGAGUAGCAAGUAUAAAGUAGCAUAAAAUGGCGAUACUCAAGUAAAGUACAAGUACCUAUAAACUGUAAGUACAGUAUAUGCACUUGUAAAUGUACACCACUGACUGCCUGAACUGGUUAUGGAUGAAGAAGUGUUGGAAACAGGCAGUAAUAAAGUGAACCUGUUGGACCUGCUCAGGGAAUAGAAUAUUCGCAUUAAUGAAUGAUGACAUAAUGUACAUCAUGAUUCUAAAUUCGAAGUAACGUGUGUGACGUGGUACAGAACGUGUGCGUCUUUUGCUUCAGUUCGCUUGUAGACUACACCGCGUGAACAACUUCUGUUCCCGAGGAAAACUGGAGUCUCCAUCUCAAGAGAAAUACAAAGAUUGUUAGCUCACUGAACCUUCAGUGAACGCAGUAGAUAUAGCUAGCUUUUUUUUUUUUUUUUAGCUAGGUUUGAAUGUGGUGUUUUUAAACGCAGAAACAGUGUGUGUCACAGGAGCAGAGUAACCUCCAGAUACGGCCAGACAAGAGUCAUUCUUCUAGACGAGUUCAGUGAGAACAAACUCUAGAGAGACGGCAUACAAAACAUCUGCCAACGAGAUGGAUCACAUUGCAGAUGUUGAACGUGCUGUGGAGGAGAUGGAGUGGGGCGACGUGCUGUCCACUCUCCAGGCGGCGAUUGAUGAACUAUUGGGAGACAUACCCAACCCGCCACCUCCAUCUCCACCUCCUCCUCCUGUCUCUGCUGGGCUUAUAAGAAUUGACACCCACCCUCAGCCAGUGGAAAGUCUGAACAAAGGAUAUGGUGGGUGCUACCCCCAGGGAGCAGCUCCCCACACCUUUGAGCAGCCAAGUCCAUUGAUGGCUACUCUGCGAGUGAACGUUGGACAGGCUGCUCCCAUCAUAUACCAAGGACCACUGUAUGAUCAAAACGUCACACAGUCAGGUCACCUAUACAGUCAGGCAGGUGCUUAUAGCCAGGGACAGUUCCUGCCAUAUCAGUGGCCUGUGGAUGAAGUCCCAGGAGCAGCAUCUGCUAGUUACCCUGCUGCUCCUCCAUCCCCAUAUAACGAUGUGCCAGUGGUGAGGCUCCCUGAAGGCAUGGGCCAGAACCUGCCUCCUGUUGCAGUGCCGAAUGGAGAGGUGGUGUACAGGAUUGCAGCAGAUGUUUUCACUCCUUCUUACUCUGCUGCUCCUCCACUGAACACCUCCGUGUCACAAAAGAGAAAGCAUGAAAACCAGUGGGAUGGAGAUUGGCCAUACGUAAAGAAGCCACCAAAUGCCUUCAUGCUGUUCAUGAAGGAGCAGAGACCAAAUGUUGUGGCUGAACUGAACGUCAGCGAGAGCGCAGCAGUAAACACUAUCCUGGGACAGAGGUGGAAGUCGCUGUCAAAUGAGGAAAAGGCCAAAUAUUAUGAAAAGGCAGCCAAAGAGAGACUGCUCCACUCACAGCAACACCCCAACUGGUCAUCCAGGGACAAUUAUGGCAAAAAGAGAAAGAGGAUGAGGAGCAAGGCCCCCACCAGUGUUAAAAUGUUUGCAUCUAAACCUGGAGAGGUCACUCAACAGGCCAAGAAGCUGUGUGUGACCCGAGUGCAGAUGGCCAUGGUGGUGCCUUCUGCCUCACAGACAGCAGUGAUGGAGGCUCCUCAAACACAGACAGUCCUGAUGCAGACGCCUCACGCACAGACUGCAGGGACUCUGCAUGUGUGUGACAUCUGUCACCUGCCACAGGUGUAUGAGAUCUACUGGCUGGACUCUCCAGCAACAACAGUGUCCACAGAGCUGGAUUCCCCCACUGCACCGACUAAAAUACAAACGACUGAGCAGCUUAAGCCCCCUCCCCUCACUGCACAGUCUCAGCUGCCCUCCUCUCCGUACACAGACAUCUUUUUUUAAAGAUAUUAUGAAUUUUAAAAAGUUACUUAUGAAUGUAUUUGCCAAUGCCACACACAGUUUUCAAGCUUGUAGCCUUUGAUUGUUCUUAGUUUAGUGAUUAACCGUGUCUCUUUUCCUAUUGUGUGUGAUAAAUAAAGUUGUACUGAAUUGCAAUAAAUUGAGUAGCCAUGGUUUGUUCCCUAUUAAGACUUCCAUUUGAAUAAUCUUUAGAGGCCUUAAGUGGUGAAAUUAUGUAAAAUUUAACAAAAAAAUACAUUAAAAAAUGUU